AUGACUGGACGCGGUCGUAGUGGUGCGACGAGGCUCGAAAACACUAUCGAGCAAUGCCGUAGUGAAGGACGAUGGAAACGAGUGAUAGAAUUAGCCGAGGAGCUAAAGACGGGAUACCCCCAAGAAUGCCUAGCCAACUUUUUAGCGGGCGAAGGAAAGCUGGAAAGCUAUCUCGAGGAACACCCACCGAUCGAGGACAACUAUUCCAAGGCCAAAUUAGGACUGUCCGAGGCGAAACGCUAUCUCAACUCCGUAACAGGCGAGAAUGGCAAGAAGGCUGGCUUUGCUCUGGACUCCCAUUUGUUGCUGGCGAAAUUGUACUUUGCCUGCGGACAGUACGAGGAAUCGUUGCAGAACUUUGUACUAGCGGAAUUGAACACUCUUUCGGAGAAACACCUUUCGCCGCGAAGCAUACGGAUACUUGCGGAAUCGUAUGCCAUCAAAGGGAUGUGUUUGGAGAAAAAGGGCUCAAAAGCACCUUCAAAGUUCAAGCAAGCGGAACAAGAAUCGGAAAUGAUAACGUGUUUCGAGCGAGCGGCUGAUCUGGGUAUCCUGUACCUCCAGGGCCAGGAUAUUACCAACCAAGGCGAAGUGCGUCGCAUGGGCGCGAUCCUUGAGACUGGCCUGCAACGUGCUCCAAUCGUACUGAUUAAGGCAGGCAAAUUACAAAACGCAAUCGACCGGUAUCGCGUUAUGCUGAGUGCGGUGGAAACGAAGGCAACUCAAACGUUGCGCCUCACAUUGGCCCGUCAACUGGCGGAAGUACUGUUACGUGGAGUGUCUGGUACGAUUUACACGCUUCCCGCUAGCAAUACACCAACGCGCUCUGCGUCCGGCGGUAAUAAACGUCUCUGGGAGCCACGCAAAUACUCCGGCCGACAACAGUUCAUUCCAAAGAACCAGCAUGAGGAGACAAUCCUGUUGUUGCUGAUUGCAGAAACGCUUGCGGUGCGUGAUGCCGUGCUUUCUCAAUCGCCCGAAUUCCGAGACGCACGGAUGCAUUCGUUGGGAAACGCCACGGCUAUCUACGACCUGCUCACGUUGGCCACCGUCCGAUGGAACCAGGUCGCACUCUUGCACGAUUCGCUUGAGAAAGCGCUUAAGUUCGCGUUCGGUGAGAGUCAUGUGUGGAAGCAGUACGCAACCUGUCUGAUCGCGCUGGGGCGGUUUAAACACGCAGUGUGUGCGCUUAAGGAAUACUCGAACCUAGAUCCUUCCGACAGCGUAUCCUGCCUAAUGGCCGCCCGCAUUUGCUACGAGCAUCUGGACCAAGUAAGAGAGGGGCUAGUAUUCGCGGAAGAAGCUUUGCGGAAGGAAGCCAAAAGCCCUAUAGUCACGGUCGGGCGACGGUCUAGAGCCCAACUGUACGUAGGCAUCGGUUUGCAGCAAAUGGCUGCCUCAUCUAACCUGGUGUCGGAAAAGGAUCGGUACAAUCGGCUAGCGUUCGAGGCGUUGGAACGCGCUGCCCAACAAGAUGCCAACGACCAUCUGGUCGAAUACUAUCUGGCCUGCCAGCACGCUCUGAAUUACAACAUUACGGAGGCGCUCGUUCACAUCACGACGGCGCUAUCGUUGCGAGCUGAACAUGCCUCCAGUUUGCUGCUGUUUGCCCUCCUACUUACGGCCAACCGACGACCAAAGGAAGCACUCGCCGUGGUACAGGAUGCCGUUGAAGAGUUUCCGGACAAUUUGAAUCUGCUACACGUGAAGGCGCACUUAGAGCUGUAUCUGCGCGACGUUGAGACGGCACUCGAGACGGUGCAGCAAAUGUUUGCCAUAUGGCGCGAGGUCUAUGAGGUUCAGCUGGCAAAUGCCGCCAACGAGCACGACAACGAGAAGCAUUCCGACACGCGCAGUGUCAUUCAGAUGCAGUCAUCUCAAAUGUCCGACAAGGAUUCUAAUUCAAUCCAUGCCGCUUCUCUUGCGGCGUCCCGCAUAGAACACGCGCUAAGCGAAGCGGCUAGUUCGCUGAGCUCGUUCAGUCCUCGGCCCGGUCCACAGAAGGCUUGGAUGAUUCAGUUCAAGAUAUGGCUUCUGUUGGCUGAUGUUUAUCUAGCCAUUGAGCAGCCGAAUGAAGCGAUCAAUUGCAUUCAAGAGGCCAGCCUCAUCAAUCCCGUUUCACACCAGGUUAUGUACAUGCGUGGCCAAAUACACAUCUUCCAAUCGCAGUGGCUUGACGCAAAGCAGUGCUUUUUGAACGCUGUUUCAGCUAAUCCCUACCAUACCGAUGCUUUGCGUGCCCUCGGAGAGGCACAUCUGACGCUCGGUGAACCCCGACUAGCGGAAAAGACGCUUAAGGAUGCGGCCAAAAUCGACCCUAACUGCCCUAAGAUAUGGUUUUUGUUGGGGCGCGUUAUGGAAAGUCUGGGCGAUUACACAGCUUCGGCCGAUUGCAUGGCGACGGCUCUUCAGCUGGAACCGUUCUGCCCCGUACUGCCAUUCAACGCGAUCGGUCUCGUGUUUGAAUAAGGCGAUUAUCCAGUGCAUCUUAACCUUUCUGGUUGCAUCAAUCCUUACACGAUCGAGAUCGAGAUACCGUUCCGUUAGUUGUUUGCACCACAACCUACUGUUCUUAACGAUCGUUGACUAAUUUUAGGACCCCGAUAAUCAAUCACGUGUUACAUCAAACAAAAGACCCUACUCUUCCCUUGUCAGCUAGGUAUACACAUGGUGUGCGUAAGAUCAUAUCAAUUUUUAGUAUUCGAAUGAUGUUGGAAGAAUGGCAGGACUGCCUUUUAGCAAGAUUAAAGUAUUCAGCCACACUGUGUGAGCUAAGAGUAGUAAAGGAUGGGUUCUUCUCCACGGGGAGAUGCUUGAUUAACUAGAUAUGCAUUUGUAUUUGUAUUUUAUUCCUACUUUCUUGACUCGUACGAUGUGUUAUUUCGUUAUAGGUUGUUUUCCUUCCUUUACUGAGGUUUCAGAACAGUUUUGCUUUAUCACUCUGUGAUUUUAUUGUUACCGGUGGAUGGAGAAUUUACGGCAGCGCGUGUAUAUGUGUUUAAUAGGCAAGAGCACCAGACAGGUAUUGAUCGUAUUCCUAAAUGUAUCCUAGAUACCUUAACCUGUACGACGUUCAUAAAUCGUACGUUCAUUCGAGUUUUUGACAUGGGAAGCAUAAUGUAUUGCCGAUUAGAUCUUUAAAGGAAAUGGAUACCAAAAGUAAAAUAAAAACAAA